CGACAACCACCGCGACUGCAACACGGGAUAAUUAGACUCGGAAGCGAAACAAGUCUAGAUCCGUCAACUCCCCCCUCACCGCCGGGAAAGAUGAGGAGAAAAUCGUUGCCGGAUUCCUCCUUAGCUCCUCCACCUUCCCGCGGCGGUGCCGCCGGGGAGUCUGAGAAGCAGGAUCUCCUUCUUCUGUCGACGGCGAUCGCCAACAGCGACGACCUCGCCCCCUUCGUCCGCAAAGCCUUCGCCUCUGGCCGCCCAGACUCCCUUCUCCAAUCUCUCCGCCACUACGUCCGCUCCAAGGAAUCUGAGAUCGAGGACCUAUGCAAGGCCCACUAUCAGGAUUUCAUCGGCGCCGUCGACGAUCUCCGCUCCCUCCUCUCCGACGCCGAUUCCCUCAAAUCGUCCCUCUCCGAAGCCAACUCCCUCCUCCAAUCCGUCGCUGCACCUCUCCUAUCCUCACUCGAUUCCUACCUUGAAGCCUCUGCCGUUGCACGUAACCUAGCCGCCGCGCUCUCCUCCGCUCAUAGCUGCGUCCGCCUUCUUGACCUCUGCGACCGUGCUAAUGAUCACUUCGCCGACGACAACCUCUACCGCGCCCUCCGAGCCGUCGGCUCCCUCGAGCGCGAUUUCCUCCUCCCGGACGCUGUUCCUUCGGCCGCCCUCCGUCGAAUGCUCCAGCGACAAAUUCCCGCCUUCCGAGCCCAAGCCGAGCGCCGCAUCUCCAAGGACUUCUCCGAUUGGAUGGUCCACAUACGCGUAGCUUCCCGCAACCUUGGCCAGAUGGCCAUCGGCCGGGCUUCUGCCGCUCGCCAGCGAGAAGAAGAACUCCGCGUCAAGCAACGCCAGGCAGAAGAGCAGUCUCGGCUUAGCCUUCGCGACUGUGUCUACUCCCUAGACGAGGAAGAUGAUGCUGACGACCCUCUCUCCGGUGUUGGCGCCUUUGAACUUACCCCGCUCUACCGCGCUUACCACAUCUACCAAACCCUUGGUCUCGCGGACCGCUUCCGCCAGUAUUACUUUGAGAACCGCAAACUCCAGCUCACCUCGGACUUCCAGGUUUCCUCCAUGACGCCUUUCCUGGAAUCACAUCAGACCUUCUUCGCCCAGAUAGCAGGGUUCUUCAUCGUUGAAGAACGCGUGCUCCGCACCGGCGGAGGACUCGUCACCCGCAUGGAAGUCGAUGCGCUAUGGGAGACCGCUGUAGCCAAAAUGGUCUCUGUCUUGGAGGACCAGUUCUCUAGGAUGCAGACGGCUAGUCAUCUCCUCCUUAUCAAAGACUAUGUUAGUCUCCUUAGUGUUACUCUCCGGCGCUAUGGUUACGCUGUCGAUCCUCUCCUAGACGUCCUCAGCAAGCACCUCGACAAGUACCACGACCUUCUGCUCUCUGACUGCCGCCGCCAGAUUUUGGAGGCCCUCGCGGCCGACAAAUUCGAGCAGAUGCUCAUGAAGAAAGAGUAUGAAUAUUCUAUGAACGUUCUCUCAUUUCAGAUCCAAACCUCUGAUAUCAUCCCUGCCUUUCCCUACGUGGCACCAUUCUCCUCUACUGUUCCAGAUUGUUGCCGUAUUGUUCGAUCGUUUGUUGAAGAUUCUGUUAGCUUUUUGUCUUAUGGUGGCCAGCUUGACUUCUAUGCUUUUGUUAAGAAGUACCUUGAUAAGCUCCUUGGUGAGGUUCUUGAUGGUGCUUUCCUCCGGCUUGUGGAGUCACAAAGUCUUGGGGUUUCUCAGGCAAUGCAGGUUGCUGCCAAUAUGGCGGUUUUGGAACGAGCCUGUGACUUCUUCUUCCGUCAUGCUGCACAGCUUUCAGGAAUCCCUCUUAGAAUUGCAGAGAGGACUCGGAGAGAAUUUGCAUUGAAAAAGUCGCGAGAUGCAACUGAGGAGCUCUUGUUGAGUUUGCUGAGAGGAAAGAUAGAUGAUUUUAUGCUUUUGACAGAUAGUAUAAUUUGGAUGGGUGAGGAGCCUCCUCAUAAUGGGAAUGAGUAUGCUAAUGAGGUGAUCAUAUAUUUGGAGACACUGGUUUCUACUGCACAGCAGAUACUUCCUGCACAGGUACUUAACAGGGUUAUCUAUGGUGUGCUUUCUCAUAUUUCUGAGAAGAUUGUGGGAUUGUUUCUCAGUGAUUUGGUGAAAAGAUUCAAUGGAAGUGCGGUAGCAGGAAUUGAUUAUGAUGUUAAGCUGUUUGAAUCGUUUGCUGAAAAUCAGUCACAUUUGUUUUCCGAAUCUGAGGAGGCAGGAACAAAUGAGCUUAAGCUGGCUUUGGCAGAAGCCAGACAGCUGGUUAAUUUACUCACAAGCAACAAUCCAGAGAAUUUCCUCAACCCUGUGAUUCGGGAGAGGAGUUACAACAGGCUGGAUUACAAGAAGGUUGUGAGCAUAUCUGAGAAAUUUAGGGAUUCAUCUGAUAGGUUGUUUGGGACCUUUGGUACAAGAAGUGCUAAGCAGAAUCCUAAGAAGAAAUCAUUGGAUGCUUUAAUUAAGAGACUGAAGGAUGUAAGCUGAAUGGAAUUUUAAAUAUGUAUGAGAUCUUUACCACCAAAUGCUUAUCAUUUGAGCAUAUUUCUGUUCUCUUUUUGUUCACUAUUUCCCUCACAUUUCCAUCUUUGCAUUGUUUGAUUUAUCAUGUAAUAGUGCUAAUCCUUCAGGUUAAAGCAUGCAGAAUGCUGAUCACAGUUGUAUCCAUGUUACCUGUUUGCACGUAUUUGGUUUGUCAAUAUUUAUUCACGGAGAAACUUGUCCAUUCUAUUCAAUUCAGUCUUGUUCA